CAAACCUCCCCCUCCCGCACUGAGCAUGCGCAGUCCGCGCUGACGUCGCCGCAGUGCAUCACGGGAGUCGCAGUCUUUCGCUGCUUCCUGUUUUCUGACUGCGGGAGUGAGUUCUGUUCAGCUUCGCUGUUUGGAAUCGAGAAAAACUUCAUAACCAACAGCCUAUGUCUGUGUUCGAGUCGUCUGGCGCCUCCUGCAGGCCCAUCACUGCAGUGGCCUGGGCGUCUAACAGCAGCGCCUGCCCUGGUCGCUUCACCCUGAUCGGUCAGACUGAGGAUGGAGCCUCCGCUAACUUCAUCCGAGGGUUUGCAAUCAAGUCAGGAUACUUCUUGUGUUACAGUAAGGAUCUGUCCGGUGGGAUGGUUGUGGUGGAUGUGCAGGUGAUUACGGAUAAAGAGACGAUUCCUCAUGGUUACUGCUACAUCCCAGAAUUCCUGGAGCACAAGGCAUCUGUCGGGAAGAAGAAGCGCAUCUGUGUGCGGAUCGCUCCCAUGGCCAGUGUUACGACGGCUGUUCUAGAUCUCAAACUGACAGCCAAGAAUAAGACCAUGGUGCAGCAGUACACCUGCCUGGGGGACAUAAAUGGCUUCGUGGUGUGGUGUUUAAAGGGCCAGUUCUCCACUCCAGCGCCUCAGGCCAAGCCUCGCCGUGUCAGUCUGGACAUGCGCAGUCUCUCGCUGGAAGGAGCCGGACCCCCGCAGCCUCUCAGACCCAGCAAUCCUCCUGAUGUCCCACCAAAUGUCAGCUGUCGGCGCAGUAAGCUUGAUACGAACAACCUGGUGGAGGGUGUGAAUGACAGCGGUAACCAUAGCAACAUCCACAGUAUCACAGGAAUGGAUGGAGUUCCUUUCUCUCUACACCCGAAGUUUGAGUCUCAGUCAGACACAAAGGUGUCUGCGAGCGCACUGAGUGACAUCCGUAUCAAAUCAGUGCAGGACAUUGAGAACGAGUAUAAAUACACGUUUGCGGUGGAGGAACAGGCAGCGAAGAGACUCUGUCCGUCAGUGUGCGGCUGAAAUCAUUCCUCUCGGCUCUGGACGAUGAAGUCACACAAAUCUUUCUGGUUUUAUAAUCACGUAUGUUUAAGUUAGACCCAAACACACAGUGCUGGUUUUGCAGGACUGGUUCUGGUUGGUCUCAUUCUCUCUCUUUUCUUCUCUGGGUUGGUUGAACGUGAAGGACUUUCUGCAUCCAAACACAUUAUGUACGCGUGUUUCUA